AGUGCUACACCUUUUCCUGCGCCGAAUUUUUUUUCUCAAUAAAAAAAACGCCGACCCUUUUUUGAUCUUCCCAGAGUUUAUAUGCGCCGCUUUUCUACUACGUUUAUAAAUAACGAGGCUAUCUUCGCCGAUUUUUUUUGAGCAUAAUUCAUACCGAAAUCAUGGAGGUCGAUAGGAGAAAUUUCUUCUGGCUCUUGCCUACUAUGCUAUCUGAAGCACAGAAAGCACGAUUCGUCGCGAUUGACAUUGAGAUGAGCGGCAUCGCUUUUACGCAGGAUCGAGGCGGCGUCAGACGUUCUUUCCAAGAUUCCUAUACCAAAAUCAAAGAAGCAGCAGAGGAAUUCCAAUUAUUACAGAUUGGGUUCACCUUCUUUCAUUGCGACGAAAAACUUUCCGGAUACAGAACGCGCACAUUCAACUGCCAUGUUUCCCCGUUAUUUCCUAUCGCGUAUUUCCCCAACUAUUUGACCCGGCAACUGGAUAGAAAAUUUAGUGUUUCAGCACGAUCUUACAGUUUUCUCCGACAACACAAUUUUGAUUUUAGCCAUGCGUUAGAUAAUGGCGUCUAUUAUUUAAAUCGUGAAGAACAGAGGGCUGCGAAAAACAUAUGCAUAUCCACAACCAAUAAGCAACACAUUGACCCCCUAACGCUUGACGAGAAUUACCAAAAUUUUUAUAAGCAUACCAGGGCGGCAAUCGAAAAAUUUAUCAACUUACACCCCCAACCGAGUGGUACACCAACUAUCAUAAAAAAUCCCAACGGAGGCGACCUCACCAAACUGCAGACUCGUCUAAUACAUCAGCUCGUUCGUGAUGAAUAUCCACUUUGUUCAGCUGAAGUAGUGAACACGGGAAGUUUGACGGGAUGCGUGUCUAUUAACUUAAUAGAAAGGGCCGAGAAACCCGAGUGGGAGUUGGAGAACCUCGAGGCAGCCCAGAAACUAUCUGGACUACAAAUUCUGUUGGAAGCGUUGGCGGGCGGAUCCUUUGCUGAGAGGGUGAACCGUAAAUGGGUAUACCACGACAACCCUGGUACGGGGCCCAUAAAAGAAUUGAAUAAACAAUUCGACUUCUACCAGUGUGAAGCCAGUCUAAAGGAGUCUCGGCCAAUUCUAAUUGGACACAACAUAUUCCAAGAUCUUGCCUUCAUCUAUCAAACCUUCUUCGAACCACUACCACCUGGGUUCGGGGACUUUCUAACUAAGGUCCAUGGGCUCUUUCCCCGAAUCGCAGAUACGAAAUUCAUGUACCAAUCAAACAACCAUAUCACGAUACGGAACCAGUCUCUAGAAGGGCUUCACAACUACUACGCGAAAAUACAACAUCCCAUAAUCGUUAGUUGGCGAGAACCUGGCAGCAGCGGGGCCGCCGCUCAUAAUGCCGGCUUUGACAGCGAAAUGACGGCGAUCCUAUUCCUGAAGCAGACGCGCGCUCUUCUAACAGCGGAGGGGCGCAUGAACAACGCGCCGAACGGUCAGAUCGCGAAGAGCGAGGGCGAGAAAAAGGUCAUCAGCCUCCUCGAUGUGGAAGAACCUGAAAUGCUGGAAGCCCUACGGGGAUGGAACGCUCUCUUCGAAGACGAGACGGACUCCAAGGAACCGGUUGUAACCGAGAAGAAGGUACCGGCCCAUAAGGGCGAUCUAUCGAUGGUACCAAGGGAGAGGCACCCAAGUGGUGACCUCAAUAUAAUCCCCGCUUGGACGGACCCUUUCUGGAGGACCUACGGCAACAGGACAUCCAUCGCAGGGGUGGGCCAUGUGACCUUCACACGGCCCCUCCUGUAUGGUGGAUGUGUGGAGGAUUAAUGCCAGGAGAGACGGAGGUGGAGGAUAGGCAGGAGUGUACAUAGUGACUUGAAAGCAUGGUGAGUCAUGUAACUACCUGCACAGUACAAUAUAGUACAUUGCCUUUACAAUGGGUUUCGUUGUAUAUUACAAGAGGCUCUAUGUCCUAAUUUCCACCCAUUCUAUCGGUCUGCCAUCAUAUUCCUUACUGAGUGGAAGUAGUCAGAGGGUAGCUUUGC